AUGGCCAACCAGGAAGUGAAGCUUUUGCUCGAGAGGUGCCUCAGCGCAGCAGCAACAGAAACCUCCACGCAACUCACUGAAAAGGACGAGCUCAACUACUGCAGUGCCAGAGAUUCCUUGUGCGCGGAGCUAGCUUUGCUUCUCCAAGAGGCCGUGGACAUGAGGUGGCCUUUUGUGCCCGAGAAGUGGCAGUACAAGCAGGCCAUUAGCCCCACUGACAAGAGCAACCUGAGCGAGCUCAUCAGCCAGCAUCUCUUUCAGCUCCUGAAUGUCCUGGAGGCUGCCGUUGUGGCCCACGAAGCUCGCGUUGCACUGGCGAUGCUUUUUUUGUUGGACCGUUUCCUCUACUGGACCGACGAAUCUGGGGCAUUGUUAAAAAUGUGCAAGCUGCUACACAAACGUUACCCGAGUGCACCUGUCGCUCCUCAGCUAGUCAUACGACAGGCCAGGGUGUACCUCAACUCAGGCAAACUGCAGAAGGCCGAGUACAUUCUUAGCCAUCUUAUUAUCAACAGCGGAACCACAGGAUGUUGGCUAUACCGUUCGGAAAGUGACCGUGCUCUUGUGCAGGCUGUCUGCCUGCAAGUGCGUGGAAUGGUUUUGCAAAAACUAGGCCUGUGGCUGGAAGCCGCACAGCUCAUCUGGGCUUCUCUAGUCGGGUACUACGUGUUGCCGCAGCCGGAUAAAAAGGGUAUCGGAACCUCUCUUGGCAUCUUAGCUAAUAUACUGCUGUCCAUGAACGAUGAGGACUUUCAUGCUUUCCAUAGCAACCCAGACAUUGAUUUAUCUUUGCUUGCGGAUGCGUCCCAUCGUCUUUUGUCUGCGGCCAAGGUAGCCCAAAUGGCGGUGGUAUACAGCCAAUACACGCCGCUCUACGUGUUGACAAAUGUGACAGCACAAGGGUCCUGCUUGUUGUCGUACAGUUUCUCUGAAGCCUGUCCCCAAACAAAGAGGACAGCCUUCCUCUUACAAGCCAAGGAGGCAUUUGAAGUGGGACUCCUAACAAAAGAAGAAGGCCAAGCGGUCACCAGUAAGCAGGAGCUGCACACCUUAAUCAAGGCAGCUUAUUCGCUAGUUGUCGCUCACAAAUGGCUCAACGGACCCUCUGAGGCCGUAAUGCGAGCAACGCAGGCUUGCCAAAAGGCUUUGACUGAAUUUUACCAUUACUCCCGAGCAGACAGUCGAGACAGAAGCGGCUUCUGUACAGAAAUUAUGCAGCUGAUGUCUCAAGUCAAGACGGAGCUGCGCGUGGAGCCGUUCGUUAAUUCCGAAAGCUGCUCUUUUAUACCAGAUAGCUUUAGAAACUUGAACGACACUUUAGUUAGCUUUACUUUGGAUGUUUUCUCCAAGGUGAUGCAGAGAUUUCAGAAGUAUCACAUGUCCCUGUGUCACGCCACGGAGGUCAAGUGUAAUGCCGGGAAAGAUGACGUCGACGGAGCAAGGAUGUGCAUAACAGCAUUCGGGACCACUGUGGAUGCUCUUAACACUGAAAGUAUCCCCGAUGCCUGCAAAACUUCAAGCUCUGAUGUUUCUCAACAGCCUGAGCACCCCACCAAUGCCGCAAGUGCAAACAGUCUUAGUUCUUCCUGGAGGAAGCUUUCCUUGACAAGUUCUGGGUCAGCAAGGUGCGCCGCUGCACCUGAGGAGAAUGUUGGCAGCCCUACUUUUCUAGGACCGCAAAGACCUACCACCACAUUGUCUUCUAGUUCGAGUCGCAGUUCUGGCAAGUUUCAAAUGGUAGAAGCUGAAAUACCAACAGUGGACUCUGAUACUCCGGAUGAUGACCAAAGCCAAUUAGAGCCAUUGAAGUACGGAUCCCCGCAGUCCUUAUCCCACCUGGUACUCAGAUCAAGCUCUCUCAGCAAUAGUUUUGGCUCCAAGUCAUCAUGGGAAAACAUCUCGAGGUCUGGCCAGAGCAGCAAAUCAUCUGAGUCGAGUGGGAGCUUCUUUCUCAUGAGAACUCAAGAUUGCCAAAGCAGCGAUCCAGAGUAUGACCCUGCUACUGACUGGGAAUUCUUGGGCAUGACCAAACCGCAGGAGACCCCUAAUGCAGAUAACGGGAGUUGUAAUACAACUGAACCCUCUACGGAAAAUUCCGACGGGACACCAGAAGAACUGAUCAUUGGUCCUCAAGCAUCGAACCCUUGGUGCAACAGCUGCGUCAAGAGUAGUUUCCUGGCUUCUGUUGGUUCGGCGAGGCAGUACUCCUUGUCUCAGGAAGACUACCGCAGCCUCCUAGCUGGGGUUUGCCACGACUGUCUACUGAAGAGACUCGGCAGUGAGAAAACCAAGUUCAAACUCGAGCACUACGACAUUGCCCACAAUGCGCUUCAUUUAAAGUUUUCCAAAGCCUCGGGUCUCUGGACCGCGAGGGAGACAUGCGUCUAUAUCGGUCAGUCAAUGGGCUUGCACGGCACUCACAGAAAUGCCAUCUGGGUCCAGUUCUUACACCAGGAAGAAAGGCUGAGCAAUUAUGUCGGGAAGGACUACCGGAAGCCGACGCAGAUCCAUUUUCACCUGACCGACGUGGAGAGGCAGAUGACGGCUCAGUACUAUGUGACAGAAUUCAACAAGCGCCUCUACGAAAAGGAUGUCAUGGCCCAGAUGUUCUUCCUGCCUUCAGAGGCGCUGCUGAUUUUGGCCGGAGAUGAAAUUGCCGGCUGCAUCACCGUAGAACCGUACAUGCUAGGCCAAUUUGUCAAACUCACCAACAACAGCAAAAAGACGAACGACACUCUCCCGGCGACGGAAUACGGCCUCGCUUUUGGACAUUUUACCUACCUCCAUUCCAACUGCCAGGACGUUGUCGUUGACUUGCAAGGGUGGGUGACCGCCAACGGCAAAGGGCUGACUUACCUCACUGACCCCCAGAUACACUCCACGAGAAUCCCCCGGGGCCCGUCCAACCUCGCUCAUGGCGGUAUUGCUUCCUUCCUGCGAAAGCAACACGGGCCGGAGUGUAACAAAAUUUGCCGGUUACUGAACCUCCCCACGUUGCCCAAAAAUCUACAGUGA